AAAAAAAAAGUGUGAAUUUUCUUUUCCAACAAAAAAAAAAGAAGAAGACACAGAAGAAACUAGAAAGAAGGAAGGAAGAGAUUGAUGAUUACGAGAAAGGAAUUGUUUCUUUACUAAUUAGAUGCAUGAGGUUGGCUCUCCGCUGGAUCUCUCCGUCUUCACUCGCCUGAUACCGACUCUCUUCUUCCUCGCCGUCGGUGUCUUUUACUUCCUCAAAAACACCGCCGCUAAGUACUUCGAUAUCGGCGGCGCCGCCGCCGGAGGUUUCGACAGGGAACUCGUGGCGGUCGGUGCGGAGGAUUGCACCACGAAAUGCUCUCGCUGCAAUUCCGUUCGAUACUGCUCAGAAGAGUGCCAAACGUCAGAUUGGAGUUCAGGUCAUCAAAGAAGGUGCAGGGAGAUUGGGAUUACUACCUUAACACCAUCUGCCAGAAACGGCCUAAGGUUCAGAGCUUCAAGGUUUGGGGAUUGUCCGGAGCGAGACCAAAACAAGAUUAGGUUCAAGCCAAGAGAAGUUCUUUUCCCAUAUGAGGAAUUUGUUAGAUACUUUAACUGGGACAAUACAGAUUUGGCUCCCUGUGGGCUCAUGAAUUGUGGAAACAGUUGUUUUGCGAAUGUGAUUCUACAAUGCCUAUCGUGGACACGUCCUCUUGUUGCAUACCUACUAGAGAGAGGCCAUAGGAGUGAAUGUAUGCGUGACGAUUGGUGCUUCUUCUGUGCAUUUCAAACCCAUGUCGAGAGAGCGAGCCAAAGCCGGUACCCUUUUUCACCGGUGAACAUUAUCUCACGGCUAACUAACAUCGGUGGAACUCUUGGGUAUGGGAGACAAGAGGAUGCUCAUGAGUUCAUGAGGUACGCGAUUGAUACGAUGCAGUCUGUUUGCCUCGACGAAUUCGGUGGAGAAAAAAUGGUGCCUCCUCGCUCUCAAGAGACAACACUUGUUCAGUAUAUAUUCGGCGGUCUCCUCCAAUCACAGGUUCAGUGUACUGUUUGCAAUAACGUCUCUGAGCAAUACGAGAACAUGAUGGAUUUAACGGUCGAGAUUCAUGGAGAUGCUGUGUCUCUGGAGGAAUGUCUUGAUCAGUUUACAGUCAAAGAGUGGCUUCAGGGCGAUAACAUGUACAAAUGUGAUAGGUGUAAUGACUAUGUGAAGGCAUGUAAGCGUCUUACGAUCCGGCGACCCCCAAAUGUUCUUACCAUUGCCUUAAAAAGAUUUAAGGGAGGAAGAUACGGGAAACUGAACAAAAGAAUUAGUUUUCCUGAGACAUUGGAUCUUAGACCUUACAUGAGCCAAGGCGGAGAAGGAUCAGAUGUGUAUAAACUCUAUGCAGUGAUUGUCCAUCUAGACAUGCUGAAUGCAUCCUUCUUCGGCCAUUACAUAUGCUACAUUAAGGACUUUAGCGGAAACUGGUAUAGAGUAGAUGAUUCCGAGAUAGAAAGUGUGGAAUUAGAAGAUGUUCUUUCUCAAAGAGCUUAUAUGCUUCUCUACAGCAGGAUUCAAGCUCGGUCAUCAUUACCGUGUGCGAGUCUCGGAUCAGAAGUUCAAGAGGAGAAGGAAACAGACACAUUGGCUACAAAACCUUGCCAAAAAGAGUUAGUUGAGAGUUCAAUGGUAGAAGCUAUUGACACCAGUAGCAGCAGCAGCAGCCAUGCCGCCAGUGAAGACCUUGAAUGUGAACAAGAAUCAUCAUCCUCGUCGUCGUCAUCAAUUUCAUCACCUUCGUCACCAUCUGAAGUGACCUCUGAAUCUUGCACGGUUGAUGGAUUGGAUUCUGACUCAAACCCUUGGAUUGAUGAUGACUCUGCAACAGAUCAUCAAGAGUCUGUUGUAACAAAUGGUAACAUAGAUGGAGAGGUAAAAAAACAUGCUGUCGGUUCUUGUUCAGACGUUACAGCUUCAGUUCCAUCGAGUUGUUCAAAACCCCAACAUCCGGUGAGAGAUACAGACACCAAGAUGAUCGGUGCUCAAUGAUGUGGAAUGUUGCAUCAUUUUGGAAGUAGUAAUGCAGAUAAUAAUAAUAAUAAUAUUACACAAUGACUUAAUAGUGCAAAAGGUUGAUUAUAUUAUAUAAA